GACACGUAGUGGAAAAAAAAAUACAAAAAGGAGAGGCCGCGCGCAGCCCGUCGAGACAGUGAUAAAUAGAGAAGCUGACCAUGACAACCUUCCUGGAAUUUAUCCAGCAGAAUGAAGACAGAGAUGGAGUUAGAUUCAGCUGGAAUGUUUGGCCUUCAAGUCGUCUUGAAGCCACCAGAAUGGUGGUCCCAGUGGCUGCUCUCUUCACGCCACUGAAGGAACGGCCAGACUUGCCUCCUAUUCAGUAUGAGCCAGUCCUGUGCAGUAGAACCACAUGUCGAGCYGUUCUGAAUCCCUUAUGCCAAGUGGAUUAUCGAGCAAAACUCUGGGCUUGCAACUUUUGUUAUCAAAGAAAUCAGUUUCCUCCCACUUAUGCUGGCAUAUCUGAAAUGAAUCAACCGGCCGAACUUUUACCUCAGUUYUCUAGCAUUGAAUAUGUAGUGCAGCGUGGUCCUCAGAUGCCUUUAAUAUUUCUUUACGUUGUGGACACGUGCAUGGAAGAUGAAGAUCUGCAGGCUCUAAAGGAAUCCAUGCAAAUGUCGCUGAGUCUUUUGCCACCAACUGCAUUAGUGGGUCUGAUCACCUUUGGCCGAAUGGUGCAAGUUCAUGAGCUUGGCUGUGAAGGAAUUUCUAAAAGUUAUGUCUUCAGGGGAACAAAAGACCUCUCUGCAAAACAGCUUCAGGAAAUGUUAGGUCUAACGAAAGUAGCUGUUUCACAAGUUGGCAGGGGUCCCCAGGUGCAGCAGCCACCACCUUCUAACAGGUUUUUGCAGCCUGUGCAGAAAAUUGAUAUGAAUCUUACUGAUCUUCUGGGUGAACUGCAACGGGAUCCAUGGCCUGUUCCACAAGGGAAAAGGCCCUUGCGUUCCUCUGGAGUGGCUCUUUCUAUAGCUGUAGGGCUUCUUGAGUGCACUUUUCCUAAUACCGGUGCUCGUAUAAUGAUGUUCAUUGGAGGACCGGCCACACAGGGACCUGGAAUGGUUGUAGGGGAUGAAUUGAAGUUACCCAUAAGAUCAUGGCAUGACAUUGAAAAAGACAACGCUAAAUAUGUUAAGAAGGGUACUAAGCAUUUUGAAGCCCUGGCUAAUCGGGCUGCAACAAAUGGUCACGUUAUUGACAUAUAUGCAUGUGCUUUGGAUCAGACGGGUCUGCUGGAGAUGAAGUGUUGUCCCAACUACACUGGAGGCUACAUGGUAAUGGGGGAUUCUUUCAAUACAUCUUUGUUCAAACAAACCUUUCAGAGAGUAUUCACAAAAGAUAUGCAAGGACAGUUUAAAAUGGGAUUUGGUGGCACAUUAGAAAUAAAGACUUCAAGAGAAGUAAAGAUUUCCGGAGCUAUUGGACCUUGUGUGUCUCUCAACUCCAAAGGACCAUGUGUAUCAGAAAAUGAAAUUGGAACAGGAGGUACUUGCCAGUGGAAGAUCUGCGGACUUAAUCCCACUACCACGCUUGCCCUGUACUUUGAAGUGGUCAAUCAGCACAAUGCUCCGAUUCCUCAGGGAGGACGUGGUGCAAUCCAGUUUGUGACUCAGUACCAGCAUUCUAGUGGACAGAGGCGUAUCAGGGUGACAACAGUUGCCAGAAACUGGGCAGACGCACAGACACAGAUCCAGAACAUUGCUGCAUCCUUUGACCAGGAAGCUGCUGCCAUUCUCAUGGCCAGAUUGGCCGUGUAUAGGGCAGAAACAGAGGAAGGGCCUGACGUGCUGAGGUGGUUGGACAGACAACUUAUACGCCUGUGUCAGAAAUUUGGAGAAUAUCAUAAGGAUGAUCCAAGCUCUUUCAGAUUUUCAGAAACCUUUUCACUUUAUCCGCAGUUCAUGUUUCACUUGAGAAGGUCUCCUUUCUUGCAAGUUUUUAACAACAGUCCAGAUGAGAGCUCAUACUAUCGUCAUCAUUUUAUGCGUCAGGAUUUAACGCAAUCUCUUAUCAUGGUUCAGCCAAUUCUCUAUGCCUACUCCUUCAAUGGACCUCCAGAGCCUGUUCUUCUAGAUAGCAGCAGUAUUUUACCAGAUCGCAUUCUUCUUAUGGACACCUUUUUCCAGAUCCUUAUUUAUCAUGGAGAGACUAUAGCCCAGUGGCGUAAAUCAGGUUACCAAGACAUGCCAGAAUAUGAGAACUUCCAUCACUUGCUGCAAGCUCCAAUAGACGAUGCUCAGGAAAUUCUCCAUUCCAGAUUCCCAAUGCCCAGAUACAUUGAUACAGAGCAUGGAGGAAGCCAGGCUCGUUUCCUGCUUUCAAAAGUAAAUCCAUCUCAGACUCAUAACAAUAUGUAUGCAUGGGGACAGGAGUCUGGAGCACCCAUUCUUACAGAUGAUGUCAGCUUGCAAGUAUUUAUGGAUCAUCUGAAGAAACUUGCUGUCUCUAGUGCUGCCUGAGCUUUUGCUGUGAAUCAAAGGCACAGAGAAGCUGGAGCCAAAUUUUGUCUUUUUCUCCUUCACCCUUUUUCAUGUCUCUCUUGACAGAAUGCUCUGAUAUGCACAAGCUGCCUGACUAAAUUUAAAGCAGUGUUGUUUUCAAAGAAAAGCUUCCGUUAUCAGCAAUGUUUUAAUGUAAACUGCAGUGUGUAAAAGAGACGGGUAGUAGAUUAAAUUAGAUAAUAAUUGGAGAAAAAAGAGCAGUCAUUUUGGUUACUGUGAUACUAAUUGCCAUGAAAACAAUUGUAACAACGUUGAAAUGUGAAUUCUCCUUCCUUUUUAAGUGGAUGAGGCUGAUUCUGCUUUGCACUAGAAUGGCACAUUGAACAAUAAAGGAAAUCUUUGGUGACACCAGGUUUUCUAGACUGCCAUAUGACUACUUUUGUUUACUUACAGUUUGAGCAAGAAAUGGACAAAGUAGCAGCAAAAAAAAAAAAAUCUGCAAUGGUCAUUUUUUGUUUAUGUGUUGUUGUUCUAGGACUAUUUAGUUUCAAGUAUUUCUUAUUCGCUUUCACCCUACUUGAUUCUUUGGGAGCAGAUUUUUUCUUACUCUCUACGUAAAGAAUUUGAAUAGGAAAAAAGUAACAACAAACAAAAAAAGUGUUACUAUACAAAAUUUAGAAUUCAUGUGUUGUAUUUUUUGACAAAAGUAUCUGUUAUCAGGAAAAAAACCUAAGAUGAAUAUAUUCCAAAAUUAAUAUUUUUAGCUUGAGCUCUAGAGAAACCAAACACUUCCAGAAUGAACUGACUGAAGUACAGCCUUUAAGUUUUCUUUUUUGUCUAUGAGUAUACUUCUAAAAACCAUACUUAACAUAUUUACCUUUUUGAUGCCUUACAACGUCAUUACACUAAUGCAUGAAACUGCACAUAGGCUUUUUCUUUCGACUUCCUUUUUGUUAUGGAUUCAACAGGCUUCUGUUCUUGUUGAAACAGUAUUAUAUAGAUUAUGCUGUAACUGAUUUGUUACUUGGUGAUUACCUGACUUUUUGAGGGUAAAUUAUUAGGCUUUCCCAUUUACUCUUUGAAGUUUACACAUGCAGCAGAUGUUUACGUAGGUAAUACGACAUUUUAAUGAGUACAGAUAUGAAAUGUGGUAUUGGGUAAUAAAAAAUUGUGCCAAGUCUGAAACAAGAAAGAGA